AUGGUCGUGGACAAGACAGGAUCAAUAUUGUACGGAAUAAAGGUACGAUUUUCGUAGUCAGUAAACUAGCAGUUUUACUAACAACAAGCCUUGUAGUCUACCUACAUGGUUUUUCGAAGCUUCAAAUUUUCGUUUUUUCAACCAUACCUCACUAUUCCUUUGACGUUCUAGUCAACUCAUGUGAUGGACCCUAGAAUUUAGAAGCUCCUGACUGCCGCGAUUCUUUUAUGCAAUACUAUGCGUUACCAUGGGCCAGAAGAAAUUGUUAUAGUCAGAGAAGUCCUUUAAGAGAAUAAGAGGCACGAUUAUUAACGGGUAGAUUAGUGAGACCAGUUAAAGACGCAAAAUCCAAUGAAGAACCGGAAAACGGCCUUCAACAAACGAGAGAGAAAAACGGAAACGAGAGGAAGAGAGGAGUGGUUAAUAAGUAGGAAGCAACAACAAGUAGGUGCUUGUUCUUGAACGCAUCGGCGAGGAGCGACGCUUUGCUUGUUCAGGUGCUAUGAUUUCUCGUUAUCCGAGUAUCAUUUGCCACUUUCAAGUUGUUGACGUCAGUACCCUGGGUACCUUUGUUUAAACACUGUUGUUGAUUGUGUGUGAAACUACUCUCCCAAACAUAAGGGUCCAAUUUUCGGUCAAAAACGAAAUGGUUGUAUGGGUUCCGAGUUUAUCGAUCGAAAGGAACAAACAAUUUAUCCAGUUGGUUUUUUCUUAGACGUGUGUUUUCUUUGCAUGCUACCAUUUAGGUGCUAGUUUAUUACCUCCCGUCAUACUUGAACGCAAAACAAAGCACCUUUGGUGUUGCCAGCUAUUAUAAAUAUUAUAUUAGGAGGACGAUUACCGAUCAUGUUACGGGACAUACUUGUCUAUUUGCAGCUCAGUAUGGAGCCCUCGCAGGCAGUCGCAUAGCAACUAGUAGUAUAGGUAGAUAAGGUAGCACCGGCAUGGCCUUAUAUGGCUUAGUACCUGUCGUUAGUCAGCCUUGUCCUUUUUUAGCCGUUCCAGAAUUUUGUUAAACUUCGCCAUUAGUGAGUUCGUACUGACGGCGUUGUCGAAUUUGUAGGAGUCUCGAUCGUUGAAGAGCAUGAGGGCCUUGUUUCGGUAGUCUACCUUGUCGAGGAUAACAGUUGACUGGCCUUUGUCAGUGUCCGCUUUUAAUUCUGUUAGAGCCCUGAGCAACAAAUGGGAUUUUGUGCGUGACCUGAGCGCCGAGCAUACUUAAUGUCGAAGGAAAUCGUUUACCUCGUCUGUGGAAGACUGUCAAAGUAUACAAGGUCAUUACCACCAAAAGACUAGUAUACGGCGAGGUCUACAAAUACAGCUCUGGCGCGAUUUUACGGUCUCCCGAAGGUACACAAGUCAGGCGCUACCCUCCGUCCAAUCGUCUCACUCGGAGACACACCCACACACGGCCAGAGGCUAAAAUUCUUAACUGCGGACUCGAAAACAACAGUUCGGUUAAAAGAAGAAUUUCUUGACAAAACAAAGCUGGUAGCAAUCGAAUCGACUGUGAGAGAUGUGUCAUUUGAUGUCUACUCACUCUUCACGUCUAUACCACAGGCCCUUGUGGUCGAAAUGCUGUGACCUGGUACGUCAAAAUUACAAUGGGGACGAUAGCCAACCCACUGCUCAUGAUCUCAUAGAACUCAUUGGGCACUACCUCUAGGCAUUCUUUACCUUCGAGGGAAUCACAUAUGAACAAAUUAAGGACACUUCGACGGGCUCAUUGCCGAGGUGGUUUUGCAACAAUUCGAGAGGCGAAUGCUCGAAGCACGUUCCGUUAACGACACCUUCGUAACCAUCGAUCGGGAUAAAAUCAACCGCUGCAGAGAGCAACUGAACUCAAUCGUUCCCAGCCUACAGUGUACGAUGGAAGAAGAAGAAGUGAAGGACAAACUUCUAUUCUUAGAUUUUCUUGUCUGCCGCCAAUCGGACGACAAACUGUCGACAUCAGUAUAUAGAAAACCGACGAACAUGCUGUGAAUGGUCAGUUACAAGUGCAACACAAACGGAACUGUGUGCGCACGCUAUACUGACGGGUGGAAACUCAUUGCAGCACGCCAGUCGUCAAACUGGACGAGAUGAAACUCCUCCAAGAACUCCUCAGAGCCAACGGCCAUUUCUGCGCAUUAAUUGAGCAGAGCCGAAUGCAACAAAGGGAGCGGAAUGAAGAGCAUAGUCAGCCGAAAUCACAGCGGAAUAGGUGUUGCUCACAGGCCUGACUCAACAAUCUGCGGGAACGUAAUGCGGUCAAAAGACUAUCCUUAAGCAGCAGAUGUCAACUGUUGUCUACCGACUUCAGUGCAGCUGUGGGAUGUGCAACUCCGUUGGGGAAACCGUCCGACGGCUGCAAACGCGAAUGCACGAACACAAGUUGACUGUGUGAAGGAGGGACCCAAAGUUGGAAGUAGCAACCCAUGCCGCGCAAAUGGGAUACAUCUUCAACUUUGACGCCGUUGAGAUCGUGGGCCUAGGGUAUGAUCAUACAGGAAAGUAGGUUCAAGAGGCCUGGAUGUCCGCCGACUGUUCUGUCAACCGCCACAUCAAUUUGUCUCCGCGCUACCUGACUUUACGAACUUUCUUCUCCAUUUGUCUCCGCACUAUCUGGGUCUUCAGCUCUUUACGCGGCCACGGAUGGCGGGGGUGACUCAGGUUACAGUCACAUGCGUGUCGGAUGCGGCCGCACAGUCGGCAUUGGCGGGCCACGCAUCAGACAGUGCGCCAUAUAAAGAGAGCUGUGCGCAUUACUUCCUAAUCUCUAGAGAUGGGUAAACUAAAUAACUAUUCCAGACGUCAGUUCUUCAAUAAACCUCUCCCAAUGAACGCCUCUUCUUACCCUGAUAUGCUACCUGGGAAUUGCAUAUUCAAUACUAUUGAUGUGAAGUACGCUGACUUCGUCUAAGAUGAAACUGACAGCUCCCGCCCCAUCACGACAUCUUGAGCAUAUCUCGGGUCAGCCAGGAAAUACACGUCAUCUGUUGUUCGUUCCACGAAUUGUGCUUCGCUGCCGUGAUCUGACACUGUGUCAAAUAGGAGGUCAGCCAACAACCUCACUCAGCAGAGUUCGUAAGGACAUGGAGGCGUCCCACGGACUUUGGAUAUGCGGUCUGAACAGCUGGAAAAUAAAUUGUGUCGACCUCGCCGGAUCCGCGGCCGUGAGUCGUCGCGCUGGAGAGGUACAAUCCGCGACAUACCAGAAGUGGCAUGCCCACAACCUAGGUAAUUUAACAAAGUUAAUGCCAUUUACACAUCUAAAUCUGUCCACGAAGUGCUGGUGCCGUUAAUUUUCGGUAGGAACUUGUAGAGCAGCUAACAGAUGUCUUUUGUAACACUAGCAAUUCACAGAUUAAUUCAUAUUGACCCAACCGUGAAAAACUCGGCGCCUCGGUGGGAUUCAAACCCACGCAGUAAGGGGAAGGCUUUAGUACAACCAACGCUCUAACCACCUGAGCUACGAGGCCCCGCCGGACGACGCGAAUUUAAUCACAUUUGGGUCAAGUUACCGGCCCAACCUACUGCAACGUCUGGAAUCCACCAAAUCUGAUACAGUAAGCCCAAGCAGGAUUUCCUAAGUAAUUCACCUAGAAUCCACCAGGUGACUACCAGGCUCACGUAAUUCAUAGAUGUUUUGGCAGAUUUUGAAUAAAUCAGAUUACAGAUUAUGCUCAUGUCUCAUGUAUGACGCCCCACCGCUGUUAUUGUUUGUUUUCUUUUUUUUAAAAAAUGUUUUAGAUGUGUUUUGCUUUGGCAGCCCUCGGUGCUGUUGGAUUUUCUGUGACCAUAUGGUUUCCUGACCGUGCUGUACUCAUCGCCUUCUUCGUGCUCUGGUUUGGAGGUUUUGGCUUUUCCAUCUACGGACUUUCCCUCGAAAUGGCUGCUGAAGCCACCUAUCCGGUGCCGGAAAUGGUCACCACCGGAUUUAUGCUCAUUCUCAGCCAGCUGCUCAGUAUCGUCUCGAUAAUGGUCAUGCAGGUCUUCGCUCCCGUCGUUCGAGACUCUCCCCUGCAAACUUGCGGACCUGACGCUGUUGUAAAGGCAAGUAAUGUGAUACAGUAG